AUGACUGCUUGGUGGAAACAAGGACUGAAGAUAAAUAUGCCAGAAAUUGGGCAGAAAGAUCACAUUCUCAAGUACAAGGCUCUCUUUGUGCUUCCCCUGAAAACGUGGGGUUGGACCACUGGCAAGCACCUUCCCCUGCAGCAGCUGGGGACCACGGCCGCCUCUGAGACAUCGCCGAGCCCGCGCGCCGAGGGGAUCCCCGCCCGCGCCCCAUCCCUCCCGCGGGGGCGCGGGGCCCCCCACCCCCGGCAACCUACCUCGCACCUCCCGCUGCAGGCGGCGGGCAGCAACGCUCUCCAACCGCCGCAACGGCCGCGCCGAGCCCGCCCAGAGCCUGCCCCGGUGCCUUGCGCCCGCGGCCAGCCCGGUGGCCUCCCCGGCUGCGCGUCACAAUCCCGCCGCUCGCCGUCACCGCACCGGGAGCGGCUCGCGCCCCCCGCAGCCCGCGGGCCCGCACCCGCGGCGGCACGCAGCGGAUCCCCGCCCGCCCGCUCGCCCGUCCGCCCGCCCGCAGCUCCGCGCAGCCUCCGGCCCGCCAGGCCCGCCUCUCGCCGCCUCCCGCGGCGGACGCCCAUCCCACCCCGCCCCGCGCUGGCGCCGCCCAUUGGCUCCGCCGGUUGCCAGGCGACGUACAACCGCGGCCCGCAUUGGCCGGGAGAGGACCGGAGCUCGGACCUCCCCCCUCGCCCCCGAGCAAACGGCUCGCGGCUCGCAGCUGCGGCCACCGCACCUGUUACCCCCCGGGUUCACCCGGCCGCUGCUCCCUGCCCCCAGCUCUCCCCGGGGGCAGGGGGAGGGUCCCAGCCGCUCUAGAGCCCCGGCCUCCGAGGCCCCCUGCACCCCAAGGCUCCUGUAGCAGCAAAAGUGGGGCUCCCAGGAGAGCCGGGGGCAGCGACACCGACGGGCACCCAAAAUUAGGUCAGGUCCUGAAGAAAGGGAGGUGUAGUGGCCUCUGGAGUGCGGAACAAAAAUCCGUGUAAAGCUAGGGCCAGGACAGUGACGGUGGAGCCCUGGGUUCGGUCCUCAGGACCGCACACCACAGGCGCCUAAGGAUGCGGGUCUCUGAUCCGGCAGAACUGAAGUUCAAGGUCAUCCUCGACUGCAUUGCGAGCUCGAGGCUAAGCCUGGGUCAUCUGAGUAAAACAGGGUACAUACAAUUAGGGCGAAGAAGCGGGCCUAAGGCGGGGACAGCUGCAAUGGGGGAAAACUAAGAAAUGGCACUUGUGAACUGUAAAUCGGAGACAAAAAAAAACUUCCUGGGCCCACGCGCGCUGUAAUGGAACAUUCACUCGUGGCUUAGCCACAUCAGUCAGUCCAACCUGUCUGAAAGAAUGAGAGGCGUUCAGGACGUGCUUCACACAGUACCAAGGUGUCCCCAAGCUCUCCUUUGUGGGGGUCACAUCUGUGGAUAAAUACCAUCCUAUGGAAAUGGGAAACACAAAAAAAUUAAACAUCAAUGUCAACAUGGA